CGUCCUCAGAGAGAAAGAGAGCAUGCUGACUUCAGACUGACAUUCGAGUCAACCCACAGGCAACAGUGGUGACCGUGCAGGCGGGACUCUCCUUCUUUCUGUGGUUAUUCUGAGAGUUCGCUCUUCUGUGCAACAGCAUGUUUCUUCCUUCCCCGUCUUCACUUGACGAGCUGACGGGGUAUUCUGAAAGUCAUGGGAGUGGUCUUUCUCAAACGAGUCCUGGAAUGUGCUUUUAAAGGGAGGAAAUCCCUAUCAACUCGUCUCCUUAACCCUGUUUUUAGUUUUUUCCCUCUUCCCUGGGAUUGCUGCUUAAGUCUCCUUCCAGACGCUGGAAACUGGAUCUACUUGUGUAACAUUCUUAGAUUACAGCAAAUCCUUUUUUCUCCCCCACUUCUUGUACUUUCUUUGUACUCAUCCUGUGCUAUUCUUUACUGAAAAGCAAAUCUUUUUAAAAAGGAAAUCUCCUGCUCUCCACUUUAAGGAACGGCUGCUGGAAUUGCGCAAAUUGUACGAGUGUGUUGGUGUUCGGGACUCAACCUUUCCUGGUGGUGGGGAUACCUUACAGUGGCCCUAGGCGACCUGUUGGAGCUGUGUUUCUUGCUGUGUCAUUAGAAUAAGACUGUACGAAAACGAGUGAAACAGGAAAAAGGAACUCUUUCUUUAAAAGGUCUUAUGGGACUUUUUGUUUUUAUGUAAAGAGCAUGAUGAAGAGUCAAUCUGCUCCCCAUGUCUGCUACGGUUAGACUACAGCCUGUGUACUCAUGGAAGGGGGUGCUCAAGCUCUUCUCUUGCAUAGCUGCCCGAACUGCUAGUAAACCUAAAGAGGUCCACACAUUUCAAGGAAAAAAGAAAGACUUACUUGGGAAUCAUAUGGACGAAGAAAUGAGUCGCCAGACUGCCACAGCGCUGCCCACAGGAACCUCCAAGUGUCCCCCUUCUCAGCGCGUCCCAACCUUGUCAGGCACCACCGCAUCCAACAGUGACCUCGCCAGCCUAUUUGAGUGUCCUGUCUGUUUUGACUAUGUGCUGCCGCCCAUCCUGCAGUGCCAGAGUGGCCAUUUGGUUUGUAGCAACUGUCGGCCCAAACUCACCUGCUGCCCCACCUGCAGAGGCCCACUUGGGUCAAUCCGCAAUUUGGCCAUGGAGAAAGUGGCCAACUCGGUUCUUUUCCCCUGCAAGUAUGCCUCAUCAGGCUGCGAAGUUACUCUACCGCAUACAGACAAGGCUGAACACGAGGAGCUUUGUGAAUUCCGGCCAUACUCUUGCCCUUGUCCUGGCGCAUCCUGCAAGUGGCAGGGAUCUCUCGAUGCCGUCAUGCCUCACUUGCUGCACCAGCACAAGUCCAUAACCACGCUACAAGGUGAGGAUAUUGUCUUCCUGGCCACAGACAUCAACUUGCCUGGGGCAGUGGACUGGGUCAUGAUGCAGUCGUGCUUCGGCUUCCAUUUUAUGCUCGUGCUGGAGAAGCAGGAGAAAUAUGACGGCCACCAGCAGUUCUUUGCCAUCGUGCAGCUGAUCGGCACACGGAAACAAGCGGAAAACUUCGCCUACCGGUUGGAGUUGAACGGCCACCGGCGGCGACUCACCUGGGAGGCGACGCCACGUUCCAUCCAUGAGGGCAUUGCCACUGCCAUCAUGAACAGUGACUGCCUGGUGUUUGACACCUCUAUUGCUCAGCUGUUUGCAGAGAAUGGCAACCUGGGUAUCAAUGUCACCAUAUCCAUGUGCUGAGGACUAACAGCCGUGCGUACUUGAACACAUACACACAUACAACAUGAAACCAGACAUUUCAAAAGACCGCAGGAUACCUUGAGUUGUGCUUGGGGGACGGGGGAGUAGCUAACCUAGGGAAAUUUUUGCUGUUGUAUGUUCCAAGUAGUUAUAAAAAAACAAAAAAACAAAAAACUGUAAUUGGUUGGAGCUUGGCACAUGCAACCUGACUUUACUCCUGGGUUCUCAGUUUUAUGCUACAAUAUUAUAUAAAUUAAAUAAUUAAUGUAUUCUACACUUUUGAGAGCAACAUUUAUUGCCCUCGAAGGGAUAGGAAAGCCAUGUAUGUGGAAUGGACUUUUGCAGAUGUGGCAUUUGGAACAAGGGUUUGAGGAACAGCACGCAGAACUGGAUGGCGGUUGGGAAUAUUGAUCAAUUUUGCGGUGGGUUUGCUCAAAAGGUGCAACCCUUAGAGCAUUUCAUUCUGUUUUUGUUUCCCAAGAUGUUUCACAUUUCAGUUCAGAUAAAACACUAACGUUUAAAUAUUAGGUUUUGUUUUAUGUCCCCCACCCCCCUCUAAUUUUCCCUACCUUGAGUAUGAUACAGAAAGUUUUGAUAAUUGGUGCAUGACCACUGGAUUAGUUAUAACAUGUCCAGAUUUCAUUUUAGAGGUCUUGUUUGUUUCUGCCUAUCAUUGCAGUGUUUCUCCUGUUUGUUUUUGAAGGGAUAGUUUCAUAACUUGGCACACGCACAUCAAGCCAGGUUAUAAAAAGUCUUUUUUUUUUUUUUAAAUCAAUGCCACGCUUCUUUUGUUGUAUCAAAAACUCUUUAACGGCUAGAUUUCAGAUAGAUCAUACGUUUUGUUUCCUGAGAUGGGCGCCCUCCAUUACAAACAAUGGAGUAAGCACUGCACUGAAUAUCAGGCUUGGAACAGGGGCAAUUAUUACAGUUAUUAUAAUGAUAUUGUCAUAAUUAUCAUUUUGCAAUGACUUAUAAGAAAAUGGAAUGAAAAGGCUGUUGUAACAUUGUGGCUAAUCUUCAGUGUUUGUAGAUAGUGUUGUUCUUCAGAAGACCUAAAUGUCUUCUUUUUCUCUUUUUGUAAGUCAAUAUUUUUGUUGCUAUUCUUUGUAUGUCUGUAUUUCUGUUGUGUUUUUUUUUUUGUUUUUGUUUUUUUUGCAAGGAUAGGGUGAAGCAAAGCCAAACAUCUCUGUGGAUACAUUGUACUGUUGCUAGUCCUGAUCUCUAAUUUUAUUUGUUUUGUUUUGUUCUAUUUUGCCAGUAAAUAAAUCUAUCUUUUUCAUA